AUGCUGCGUCACUGGUUUCUGAAAUCCCGACCAGGGACCCCACUGUAUCGGUCUGCUGGUCUCGUGCUCCUGGCCGGCGCUGCUGCUGCUGCUAUUGCCGCUGCGUACGUCACGUCCCGUCAAGUACCAGUCCAAGUGCCGUGCAAUGACGACGACGAACUCAACGACAAUGUGAGCGGUGCACCCGAAGAAAAGGUCGUGCCGUACCUGCCGUCGCGCGUGCCGCUGAUCGGCAACAUGCUGGAACUUGCGCGCAACGCCGGCCGCUUUCACGACUGGAUGGCCCAGCAGUGCAUGGCGCACGGGGGCGUGUUCAAGCUCUACUUGCCCGGACAGAGCGACAUGAUCGUCACGGCCGUGCCCGAGCACUACGAGCACGUGGUCAAGACGCAGGUGACGCACUUUAGCAAAGGGCAGCAGCAGUACGACAUGUUUGUCGACCUCAUGGGCCACAGUGUCCUCAUCAUUGAGGGCGAGCGCUGGCGCUACCAUCGCCGACUGCUCGUGCGGCUCCUCAGUGCCCGGACGCUGCGGGACCACAUGACGCCCCUGAUCCAGCGCCACACGCUGUUGCUCCAGCACGUGCUAACACGGGCCGUUCAGACCCAGCAACCCGUCGACCUCUACAUGCUCAUGCACCGCUUCACGUUCAAAGCGUUCGCCGAGAUGGUGUUCAACAACUCGCUCGAGAGCAUCGACUCGGAGCACGAGCACCCGUUCGAACGGGCGUUCGACCAGGCGCAGUCCAUCGUGGCCGGGCGGCUCCAGCAGCCCGUGUGGCUCUGGAAACUCCGCCGCUGGCUCAACGUCGGCCAGGAACGCACGCUCCGCACGCACCUCAAGCGCAUUGACGCCUUCAUCAUGACGAUCAUCUCGUCGGCCAUUGACAAGCGCCACGCACGGCAGGCCGACCUCCAGGCGGGACGGCCCGUGCACGCGACGGACAGCGACCUCGUGUCCAUCGUGCUCGAGUGCAUGGCCCAAGAUGGCCUCGACAUGGUCUCCCCCGUUGACGUGCGCAACAUCGCCGUCGCGGCCUUAGGCGCCGGCCGCGACACGUCCGCAGAUACCAUGAGCUGGUUGCUCCACACGUUGACGCAGCACCCGCGCGUCGAGGCGAAGCUCCGUGCCGAAGUGCUGACCAAAGUGCCCCACUUGGCCCGCGACGCGACGUACGUGCCGUCGAUCGACGACGUCCAGGGCCUCGUGUACCUGGACGCGACGAUCCACGAGCUCUUGCGCCUGCACACGCCCGUGCCGUUCACUAUGCGCGAGUGCGUCCGCGACACGGUGUUCCCCGACGGAACGUUCGUGCCGAAAGGUACGACCGUCGGCCUGUGCCACUACGGCGCUGCUCGCCGCCCGGAAGUGUGGGGGGUCGACGCCGCAGCGUUCCGACCCGAGCGGUUCCUUGACGCCGACACGGGCAAGUUGCGGCACGUGCCGACGGCCCAACUGAACGCCUUUAGCGGCGGGCCGCGCGCGUGCGUGGGCAAAGCGCUGGCCAUGCUCGAGAUGAAGAUCGUCAUUGCGACGCUCGUCGCGCGCUUCCACUUGGUCGAAGUCCCAGGUCAAGACGUGCAGUACGCAAUGGGCAUCACCAUUGGCAUGAAGCACUCGCUCAUGAUGCACGUCGAGGCAGCGGCCGCGGCAAUGCCACCACCAGCGGCGGCAGCGUAA